GAGUUUUUUUUUGUUUUCAAAGACGAAUAGACGAACGCUUCGCGUCGGCGGUUGACUUGCGUGUGUUUAUUUACCUUUUUGAAGCCCGCACUUCCAGUGUUUUGUUUUGAUUUUUGGCACAAUUGCUUAUUUUGACAUUGACUAUUGCCUAAAAACUUCAAAAAUGCUAAAGCAUAAAGAUAAUUUGGGAUUAAAACGCUCUUUUUCCUUGACUGCUUGCGGUUUCCUUUUUGUUUUUGUGUGCAGCAAAUAAACUCGUUUGCCUCUGUGUGUGUGUGUGUGAGCGUUUGUUUGCGCGCGGCUUUUUUUACUUAAUUUUUUUUGUAUAUUUUUUGAUAUAUUAUUGUUGUUAAUGUUAUUUGCCCGAAGUGUAUUCUGCGAAGAUAUUAACGCUCCUGCACGACAUUUGUAUUUCCAUUAAAGUUUCUGAGAGAAAAGCAAAAGGAAAUCAACAGGACGGCAGCAACAGUUGAAGGCGGCAGCGUCGCAGGCCGUAAGAUGUCAUUGACGAAAAAGGAUCCAUCGCUGAGAGUGGCCGCCUCGGAUCCGCAUCUCGUUUCUCUGGGCGGAGGACGUCUGAGCACCGCCGUUACCAUUCACUAUAUUCACAUAGGUGACACGACAAUCGGAUCGGCGCCCAGUUGCAGCAUCUCGUUAAAUGGAAGCGGAGUACGUCCGCUCCACUGCACCAUUUACAGGAGUGACGCCAACGAAGUGACUUUGGUGCCCGAAAAGGACAGUCGUCUUUUAAUCGACGGAUCUCCCAUUCUGGAGGAGACGAAACUCAGCCAGGGGGCGAUGAUUACAAUUGGCAACUCGAACUAUCUGAGAUUCAAUAAUCCGGACGAGGCGCAGAUGAUGCGAUCGGCGAUGGGCUCCAACGAGAGGAUAUCGAUGCCCCAGAUCGACUUUACGCAGUCGGCGCGUCAGGCCCACGAUCUAAGUCAGUCCUUGGAGCUGGAGUCCUUCUACGAGAGUAUCAUAAAUCCGAUAAACAACUCGUCGGCCUAUGAGCUGGAGUGCCCGAAGGUGUUCACCUCCGACCUGGUCACCGUCAACAUGCCCGCCAAAGAUGUCCUCGGCCAGAAGUACGCCAGUUUCGCCCGCAAUCUCGCCGAGAAUCAUCGCAACGAGAAGCAGCUGAACAACCAGUAUGCCAAGGGAGUGGGCAGUCAUGGUGGCUACUGGAAUGUGCCAAGCAAUGCAGCCAUUUACAAGGAACACCACCAGCAGCAGCAGAACCAGCAGCAGCUCCAGAAUCAGCCACAAAGUCAGCCGGACUUGCUGACGAAAGUCAACAACGAUCGGUAUGAUCGGUAUCCCAAGACCGGUGGUCUCCAGAUCUACUCCAUGAACAGUGUCAACAGUGAGAUCAACAACGGCCUCGUUUCCGGCAAUAAUUCUGUCAACGGCAGUGGUCCCGAGCUGGAGGACAUGCUCAAGAUCUGCACGGAGUACGCGGACAGGAACAACUCCAUCAAUCCCCCCCACAACACAUCCAGUACCUCCAGCAUUACCUCCUCCCCCAUUGUCCAGAAUCGGAUCAAGACGAAUGGCUCCCUGCCGCGGGACAAGAACAAGUCACCGUUCCCCCAGGCGGGUGCAGGAUCUGGAGCUGGUAGCACCGCCAACCUGGCCAUGCUGAGCAGCUCCUCCGGCUACGAGAAUGUGCGACUGCUGGGACCCAAUCGGGUGGAGAUCAACGGCCAGAUACACGUCCCAGCUGCGGCAGGAGGCGGUGGUUCUGGCGUCAAUGGCAGCGCUAUGGCUCCCAGUCCAGCGGUUCGAGCUAGUCACGAGAAUCUGGUUAACAAUGGUGGCUCCACAACCGGACCAGGUCCAGGGCCAGGAUCAGGACAAGGGCCAGGACCUGGCGGAAAGUAUGUGCCACAAAGUCCGAGGACAAAGAUCCGGACCAACUGCAUGUCGCCAAAGAAAGAUGUAUCCUUCGGCAAUGCCUUCGCACUGGCCAUCAGCUCCCUGCCGCAGGCAUCCACGGCCGUGGUGUCCGCUCCAUUUCCGAUGAUGAAGCCACCACUGGCGCCCAAGCCGCCGGCCCCCAACCAGCAGCGGGACUACGAGCAGCUGUUCAAGUCCUUUGAGAGGAAGCAGCAGCAACUGGACCGGCUGGUGCCGCCCAAGCGGAGCAACAAGAACAUCAACAAUCUCACCCUGAACCUGCAGCCCCAAGAGAUGCAGAGCCAGUCGCCAAAGAUGAGCCGGAAGCCAGCACCGGCGCCCAGGAGCCUACACCUGGAACAGCGCCAGCGAAGGGAGCUGAUGCAGCGGCGGAAGCAGCUCAAGAAGGAGCUGGCGGAGCUGCCGCCCUCGGCGGGAAUCGACACCCUAGAGUUGGAACUGGGGGAGCAGCCCUUGCCCGCCACUGCCUCGCCGAGGUUGCAGCUCCAGGCCUUGCAGAACAAGAUCCGCCGACUGGAGGCCCAAAGGAACGCCACGCGGGUCAUGGAGGAGAACCAACAGGCCAAGCUGAAGCAGUCCAUUGAAAUGAAGCAGGAUCAGCUGAAGAAGUUGCGAGCCAUGCUGAAGCAGAAACCAAACAACGCCUGCCUGAAGGAGGAGCUGCAGCUGGUGUGCGAGUCCCUGGAGAGCGAUAGAAAGACUUUCGAGGAUCUGGAGUUCCAGUACUUUGAAGAGGAAUCCGAACACCAUGCCAGCCACGAGGAACUGAAGCGCCAGGAGCAGCGCUUGUCCCUCGAAGCGGAGUUGGCGGCUCUGCGCAUUCAGAUCGGUCCGGACGAGGAGGAGUCCACGCCGCCCAACUCUCCAGCCUCCAAUCAUGGCAACGGCAGCAGCAAUCUGGUCAACGGGGUGAUGUCCCAGUCGUUGUUUGGAUCCGCGGAGCUGCUCUGCCCGAAGCGGAAUCAGGAGGAUCUGAUGUCCAAGAGCGUGAACGAGAACAUGUUCUACAACCAUAAGAUCGAGGCCACCACCAGCACUCCCAAGCGCCUGCCCCUCCAACUCUUCGAGGAUGUCCAGAACGGUGGAAGUUGCGAGCAGAUCAGUUUCAACCUAUCCCUCCAGAGCGAUCGGUUUGAGGUGAAUCCGCUGGAGCGACGGGUACCGUCGCAGGACGACAUCGAUCGCAGCUGCAAGGUGGCCAACGAUGCCCCCAUCUCCGCCAGCCAGGGCGCCAGCACCAAGAUCUUCGACAGCAUCAAGGAGAUCGAGAAGAAUCGCAAGCUUCUAUUGGCCCAGCAGGGUCAUCAGGUCAUCGAGCACGAGCGCCAAAAGAUCUACGACCUGAAGAAGAAAAGCCAUGACGAGGCUCGCACCCAGUACUUGCUCUCCACCCAGCAGCAGCUAUCGAUGGGCCAAUCAAUGGAACAGUUGGAGACGAACGCCAACGGCGGCAAAGAUGCGAAAUUAUUUGAGAAGGCCGAGAUGCAGAAGCUCAACAAAGCAGAUGACACAAUAGAGGAAGAUGGGAAGAAGGCAAACGGCGAUAAGGAGAAUAAUGUGCAAAACAGAAAGUCAACCGGCAGCAGUCCAACAACAACAACAACCACAGAGGCAACACCUCAACAGCAACGCCAUUCGCAGCCGGAACUGGAGCACCAUGCCCUUGCCCUGGGCCUGAGUGGCAAUGGUGGUGGCAACCAAUUGGUGACCCGCAGUCCCCGACCCCUUUCCGAGGCCAACAACUGCGAUGCUGCCAUCGAGGCGCCCAAAUUCAGCAACGGAUUGGACUCAUCGGCGGACAAUAAGAGAGCCAGCAGCAAUAGCAACUCACAGGAUACGGCCUCGGCGGGAAGUGGCAGUGGGAAUAGUGGAAGUGGCGGCAGCACAGCCAGCACCGACAGGAAACGCGUUCUUCCCAAACACCAGAGACCACUCACCCGCUACCUGCCCAUCUUCUCGCCGGAUCUGAACCUGAGGCAUCACAUCGAGACCGCCGGCCAUCAGAUCGACCUCUGUCCUCAUGUCUUUGUCGAUGCCCACAGCUGUAGGGGAUACCUUCACAAGUUGGGAGCCACAUUUCAUACUUGGUCGCGUCGCUGGUUUGUUUUGGAUCGUCAGAGGAGUGCUUUAAUAUAUUAUUCCGAUAAGUCGGAGAGGAAGCCAAGAGGCGGUGCCUAUUUUGCGACUAUUGACGAGGUCUAUCUAGAUCACCUGAAUGCCUCGAAGAGCGGCCGGCCGCACUGCACAUUCAUUGUGAAGACGAAAAAGCGAAGCUACAAUCUGCAGGCGGCCUCCGAUUCAGCGGCGCGCAUUUGGAUCGAUGCCAUAAUCACGGGGGCCCAGGGCAACCUGGACUACUAAUAGAAGGGAGCCUUCUUUAAAAGGAUCCUCACACUUCUGCCCAGUGUAUAGUCUCAGCAUUAAAUGGAAAUGAGUUGCAUCCUGCAAGCUCAUCUAAUCUAUAAACUAAAACUUUAGAAACAUAAGCAAGGAGGAAUAUAAGAAAUUUGCUCAAAAAAACCGCAUCCUGCAUCCGUGGGUUACUUCCAGGACCUGUAACCUUUAUUAAUUUUAUUUGGCGAACUAACGAAAUCCGAGAUUUCAGUACUGGACCAAAGUCGAAAAUGUAUUUUUUUUUUAUAUAGACCUAUAAUGUACAUGUAGCGCCUAAUGCUUUUUACUUUAUGAUAAAUUAGUUAAGUCCUAUUUUUCUAUCGCUAAAUUUAGAAAUUAAAAAAUGUAUGUACAUCAUGGAAAGCCCAACGCUACUAACACAGCCACAUCAAAGCCUAAUCAUACGAAUAACUAUAUAUAUUAAUAUAUAUACUUACGAUAACGUAUUUGUCUAAAAAAAAAAGGAUAAAAUGUCUAGACUAAAUGCCUGUAUACAAUUUUUUAUAACCAUUUGACCAUUGUACUUUUGACUUUUGUACGUUUCAUUGUGAAUUUUUUACCUAUUAACUUAUACAUUUAUACUAUUAACUAUUAUAUUUGAUAUGAAAAAUAUACCAUAUAUUUUGAUAAAUGUAUAAUUCGAACGAUCGGAGGACACUACUACUAGUGUCCAACUACUAAGCCCAAGACUAAAAAAAAAAAACUAAAGUUUAAAAACCAUUUGCUCAGGCAACUGAAAAGGAUAAUCAAAAGUUAAAAGCGUGUGAGAACAACAACUAAUAAGAAACAAUAACUAUGAAUGUGUAACAAGUAUAAAUAGUUAAUAAAAAUCAUUUGUUUUUAUAGAAAAUA